GUCUUGUCCACACACAGCUGCUGCCGGGACUCUCGAUUCUGAGACUUUAGAAGAGAAACAAUGUUUAGGAACAGAUGGAUUUCAAGCUACGUGGGAAGUGUCGUUUGUCCUGAGGAUCCAGAUUUUAACAGCGACGGGACGUUCCGACACUGUCCUUCACGACUUCAACACGGCAAGAAGUCAAGCUUCCAGAAGAACUUUGUGUUCGAAGUCAAAAGGGAUUUUGCAAACAACUCAAAGGAUUUUGAUGCACAUAUACUCGCUGUCCUUCCAAAAGUUUCAGAAUUAAGGAAGCUCUUUGAGCCAAGCAGGAAAGUUAUCUCCGAAAUGAAAAGAAAAGAGAGAAUAGCAAGGCGCUUAGAAGGAAUUGAAAACGAGGCCCCUCCGAUAAUGCUGCAGAGUCGUUUACUAGAGGAAGACACCCCGAGGUAUAUGCGAGCAACAGAUGCGUAUAGCCCCCAUAUAGGACAUUCAAAUGAAGAAGAAAACUCAGAUUCUUCAAUAGAAACGCAUUGUAGAUUGAGAAGCCGGAUACAACCACAAGGACCCCCAGUUGAUUCUUCUACUUCCGUUCAAAUGGAUCCACAUGAUCCACACGAACAAGAAUCAAAAGCCGAGCGCAUUGCCCGAUACAAGGCAGAGCGCAGGAGGCAGCUGGCGGAAAAAUACGGAAUUGCCGUGGAUUCAGAGCCAGAUUCAGAGUACCAUUCAAGGUUCAUGUCAUCGAGGAAAGACAGUGAUACCUCUGAGAAAAGGUCAGGGCUCUGUGACCUGGAGGAAAGCAAGGACAGUAGUUCUGAUUACUUGUAUCGACCAGACAGUCGGGAGUCGCAAAGGGUUCGCCCGUUACAGCCGAGGAAUCACGACCUUAAUGAGAACCUGCCGGAGCAAAGUGUUCUUCAGAAUCUGGAAAACAAUAACGCGUUUCAAAGCAUCUCUGAGUUAGAUGGUAAUGCUAAAUCUGCCUUCUCUAUUUUGGGGCAAAGCAGACAAGACAUUGCUUUUAGUGAAGCUCCAAGGUCACCCAAGUUUCCUCUACGUACAUCGCAGACCUCAUCCCCAAAGCGUCCGUCGUCCCCCAUAUCUGAUCAACAGCAGAGUGAAAGCAGACAAGGUUCAGGGAAGCCGAAGCCUGAAUGGUACCUCCAGAAAGAUUCAGAUGGGGAAACCCCGUCUCUCAUCAGCUGGCCUUCCAGAGUUAAAGUUAGAGGCAGGAUGGUCAGAGAGGAGAACCUUCAGGGGAGUCCCAUACCGGACACGGAGACCUCUGUCCAAAAGAAGCACCAUCCUGUGCCCGUUUACUAUGUGCCGUUCCAGUCUGAAACAUCCGCUUUUGAUAGGGUUUAUAAACAGCCGUCCCCUGCUCGUCAACCAACACAUGGCUACAUCCAGCCUGCUGGGGCUGCUCAUUCGUCUAAGAUCGUUACACCGCGCGAGCCUGAAAAUAUCAUGGUUUCUGCAUUUACCACGUCCCUGAAAAAUCCCAAAGCUGUCGGUGAAGCUGACGCGGAGAAGGGCUAUCCUGUUUUUCGAGAUCAUAACAAUGUAUCUGACUCACUCAAGCAGGUGGUCAGUAACGGUAAAUCCCAUAGUCCUUAUGAUGAACAACCUGUCUACAUGUCAUAUUCUGGCAAGCCAACAAGAGAAAUUUCCCCAGAACACAAAGAAAAGCUUAUCAAUAAAUCACACAGCUUUAGCUCGCAGGAAAAGGUUCCAGAAACCUCUGGAAAGAGCGAAGCCAUUCUGUAUCUUCAAAGAGCAUCAUCCUUCUCUCCUGCAAAACCUCAAGGUCCUGCUAAAGAGGUUUCUACCAUGAAGCAUAAAAUGCUAACCCGUUCCAUGUCGGACUCUGGGACCCAGAAGCAGGAAGCCUUUAAGGUCAAGGAUCCGGAGCCAGCGAAAGAGAUGCUGUUUUUAAGUACUGAAGAAAGCGGCCCCAUCGCAAACGGUGAAUCUGGCAUCGUGGACACCAAAGUAUCUGUAGCCCAGCUUAGAAGUGCUUACUUGGAGACGGCAAGCGCAAGCAGAAAAGUUGAUCAUGAACCUAAGGCUGAAAUGCCAACAUCAAGUGUUGAUUUGCCUGCCAGUGCUGAGCGGGAAAGAGGCCCUCGGCGGCCAAGACUCUAUUUCUCUCCUGGUGAUAAUAGAAAAACAUCUGAACGAUUUAGAACUCAACCUAUUACGUCAGCCGAGCGGAAAGAAACGGAUAGGUCAGCACUUGAAAAGUCUGAGGCUACUGAUGAGGAAGCAAAGUUGGAUGAACGAGCAAAACUGAGCGUGGCGGCUAAGAGGCUUCUUUUUAGGGAAAUGGAAAAGUCUCUGGAGUCGAAAACCACUAAACCCCGUUCCCGAAAUGCGGCCGUGGAGCGUAGACUUCGCCGUGCUCAGGACCGAUCGCGUACGCAGCCCGUUACCACCGAGGAGGUGGUGAUCGCCGCGACCGAGCCUAGCACUGCCUCGCACGCUGUGUCCGCACACACCGUACCCCCGAGAGUACGUAGCCCCACUGUAACUAAGAGCCCCGUGCAGCGUAUCAGUUUGCAGGCCUCUGCGCACCAUAAGGCAAAGGCCAGGGAAGAAAAGCAAAUCUCCAAAGAAAUGCACGACGAACCGAGCAUUCCUGAAGAGCCCGACUCGUCCUCCCUGACGCUGGCUGAAAAGAUGGCGUUAUUCAAUAAACUUUCCCAGCCAAUCACAAAGGAGGUGUCAGCCAGAAGCAGGAUGGGAAUGAAACAAAGGAGAAUGAAUGCUCGCUACCAAACUCAGCCGGUUACGUUUGUAGAAGUCGAACAGUUCAAAAACGGAGGUGAAAAGAUAGCGCCGUUAUCCCAGAACGUUGUAACUUCUGUAGCAACUCUAACCUCUCGUCCAUCACCUGCAUCCCCUGGGGACAUGAAUGUCACAAAGUCCUCUGCUUAUGAUGAAAGACUAUCGAGUGUCUCCAGCAUUUCCACCAUGCUGCACACUUCAUCGGAAACCGGAAACGCCACAGAACGAAGCCUGCUGCUGUCAGAGUGCUGGAGUCCCUGUGCCAAAGAUAAAGUCGAUGAAAAGAAUUUCAGGAAACUAAUGGCAGACGAGUCGAGUAUCUCGAUGAUGGAAGACAGCAACUUCAGCAAAUGCAGCUCCGUCCAGAAGGAAGUCCUCCAUCCUGUUCUCCGUGUGGCUAAGGAGGUGGAGGACCAGAAAGCAGCCGGGCAAGUUACUUCAAGUAGCAACGCGGUGGAAUUGUUCAGCCCCCAAACACUGUUUCAGCCUGUUCAGCAUGGAGAAUUCCAAGUGCCUGACACUGCCCCGCAGGUAGAUGACGAAGAAACGAGGCAGCGCCAGAAGAGAAGCAUACAGAGUGAAUUGAGCAUGAGAAGGGCGCUCGCAGCAGAGAUCGCUGAGCCGGCCUCUGAACUUCUUGGCACUGCAGCAGCGAAGCCUGUUUCUCACACUUCGCCCGCCGUGUCCUCCAGACCACAAGCAUCCGAGCCGAGCGAAGAAAACCCCUUCGAGAAAACAGCUGAGCUUUCCUCUGCCAUCAGCAUCAAGUCGGACGAGGAGCUCGACGACCUCUCCGGCAAAGCCAUGUCUAUCCGAGACAGGUUGGCCCUGUUGAAGAAGAGCGGCGAAGAGGACUGGAAAAACAGGCUUAACAAAAAGCAGGAGUUCAGCAAAGUGUCUGUCAUUGAGCGCAGCUCGCGCACGCAGCUCUUGGAAAUAGAACAGUCCCUGCAGAAGAAGGAUGAAGGUGGUCAUAGAGAUGAUUAUGUCCCUUGUAAUCGGCUGUGGGAACCUGUGUAUGCUUCUAUUUAUUCUCCUGCUAUACCUGCUGCCUAUAAAUGCCAGUAUUUUGUUCCUAUAAAUCAGGUCAGUAAUACUAGCGUCAGGGAGUCGAGCCCUGUGGUCUUUGAUGAACAUCAUCCCUGGAGAUGGAAGCAAAGAGCGGCUGAUGGAAGCGUGAUUCCGAUGUCUAUUGAAGAACGAAAACAGCAGAUUACAGUACGGGAAGAAGCAUGGAAGUCCAGAGGCAUCGGAGCCGCAAAUGACUCAACGCAGUUUACAGUCGCUGGACGCAUGGUUAAAAAAGGGUUGGCAUCACCUGCAGUAGUCACACCUGUUGCCUCUCCGCUGGGUCUCAGAUUAAAGACUUCAACAGCUGUCUCAAAACCAUUAGAAGAAAUCGAAGCCAAGCCUGAGCUGAAUUUGGAGUCUGACAGGAAAUUGGACAAACUUGAAUCGUUUUUGGGGAAACUGCAUAACCGAGUUGGAGGGAUGCAUGACACCACUCUGACGAUCACCAGUAAAACUGUGAAAGAAGUUAUGAAACUCGAUGAUGAUGAAACCUUCACGAGGUUUUACCGACCCUUGGAAAGCCCCACCGCCAUUGUGCCAUUUGGUUUCGAUGAAGACUUUGAUAUCCUCUUCAGCUCAGAAGAACCAAAGCUGACGUCUGCCGUAGCAGAACAUAAACGUGCCAUCCGACCGGUGCGCAAAGUGCAACAUUCCGGGAACCCUCUGAAACUUCUAGCAGCGAGAGAGGACAUCCUGCAGGAAUACACAGAAACCCGGCUCAAUGUUGCCUUUAUGGAGUCAAAGAGAAUGAAAGUAGAAAAAAUGUCUAAGAACUCCAAUUUCUCAGAAGUAGCACUUGCAGGCCUGGCAAGUAAAGAAAACUUUAGCAGCGUCAGUCUACGCAGCGUAAACCUAACAGAGCAACACUCCAAUAACAGUGCGGUGCCAUAUAAGAAGCUAAUGUUAAUACAGAUUAAAGGUCGCAGGCAUGUUCAGUCGAGAUUAGUCGAACCGCGGGCUUCCUCCUUGAACAGCGGCGACUGCUUCCUGUUGAUUUCUCCUCUCCACUGCUUCCUGUGGGUUGGCGAGUUCGCAAACGUCAUUGAAAAAGCAAAGGCUUCUGAGCUAGUAUCCAUAAUCCAAACAAAGAGGGAGAUCGGAUGCCGGGCAUCGUAUGUUCAAACGAUCGAAGAAGGGAUUAACACCCAUACGCACGGAGCCAGGGACUUCUGGAAACUCUUGGGUGGGCAGACUGAAUAUCAAGAUGCCGGCAGCCCAGAAGAAGACGAGCGCUAUGAGAAUGCCAUAAUCGAGACCAACUGCAUUUACAGAUUGGUCGAUGACAAACUCGUGCCCGAUGAUGCAUUUUGGGGUAAAAUACCGAGAUGCUCCCUUCUACAGUCUAAAGAGGUCCUGGUGUUUGACUUUGGCAGCGAGGUCUACGUGUGGCAUGGUAAAGAGGUGACGUUGUCUCAAAGGAAGACUGCAUUUCAGCUGGCCAAACAUCUGUGGAAUGGCAUCUUUGAUUAUGAAGCGUGUGACAUUAAUCCUCUGGAUCCUGGGGAAUGUAAUUCUCUUAUACCAAGGAAAGGACAUGGCCGGCCCGAUUGGGCGAUAUUUGGUCGGCUCACUGAACACAACGAAACCAUAUUGUUUAAAGAGAAAUUCUUGGACUGGACGGAAAUGAAGAAGCCCAAUGAGAAGAUUUUGUGUGAGGAGCCCUCAAAACAAAAGGAGGAAAAGCAAACCAACAACAAGACGCAUGAUGUCAUGCGCAUGGUCCCAGUUCCAAAGACUGCUGUAGGCAGUGUCCUUGAUGGAUUGAAUGUGGGUCGCGGUUACGGGAUGAUUGAAGGUGAAGACAGCAGACAGUACGAGAUCACUACCGUCGCUGUUGAUGUCUGGCACAUCUUGGAGUUUGAUUACAGCCGGCUGCCGAAGCAGAGUAUUGGCCAGUUCCACGAGGGAGAUGCGUAUGUGAUGAAAUGGAAGUACAUGGUGAGCGCCACAGUUGGGCAACGCCAGAAAACGGAGCAUGUGAGGGUGGCCGGUAAAGAGAAGUGUGCCUACUUUUUCUGGCAGGGGCGCCAUUCAACUGUAAGCGAAAAGGGAACGUCUGCCCUGAUGACCAUCGAGCUUGAUGAAGAAAGAGGAGCGCAGGUCCAAGUUCUCCAGGGGAAGGAGCCGCCAUGUUUCUUACAGUGUUUCCAGGGCGGUAUGAUUGUCCAUGCGGGUAGACGGGAAGAGGAAGAAGAAAACUCACAGAAUGACUGGAGGUUAUACUGUGUGCGGGGCGAGGUUCCCGUGGAAGGGAAUCUGAUUGAAGUCGCUUGUCACUGCAGUAGCCUCCGUUCUAGGACCUCCAUGAUCUUACUCAAUGUAAAUAAAGCGCUGAUCUACCUUUGGCAUGGCUGUAAGGCCCAGAGCCACACAAGGGACGUGGGAAGGACCGCAGCCAACAGCAUCAAAGAUGGGUGUCCCUUGGAAGCCGGCUUGCACAGCAGCAGCAAGGUGACCAUAUAUGAAUGCGAUGAGGGGUCUGAGCCGCUAGGAUUUUGGGAUGCGCUUGGAAGACGAGAUCGUAAAGCCUAUGACUGCAUGUUGCAAGAUCCUGGGAAGUUUAACUUCACACCACGGCUGUUUAGUCUGAGCAGCUCAUCUGGAGAAUUCACUUCUUCAGAAUUCAUGUAUCCCUCAAGAGACCCUGCGGUCGUUAAUUCUAUGCCAUUCUUACAAGAGGACCUCUACACCGCCUCGCAGCCAGCCCUCUUCCUUGUUGACAAUCAUCACGAGGUAUACCUUUGGCAAGGUUGGUGGCCUGUUGAAGAUGUUAUUACUGGAUCGGCUCGAAUCCGAUGGGAUACCGAUAGGAAAAGUGCUUUGGAAACUGUGCUACAGUAUUGCAAAGGAAAGAACAGUAAAAAGCCACCCAAAGCAUACCUGAUUCAUGCUGGCCUUGAACCGUUGACUUUCACCAACAUGUUUCCGAGCUGGGAGCACAGAGAAGAUGUUGCUCAGAUCACUGAACAGGAUGCUGACGUCUCUAAUCAGAUAUUCCUCGUUGAAGAUGUCCUAGCGAAGCUUUGUAAAAAGAUCUAUCCCCUGGAAGAACUUCUGGCCCGUCCUCUACCUGAGGGUGUGGACCCUCUGAAGCUUGAAAUUUAUCUUUCAGACAAAGAUUUCGAGACCGCAUUAGAAAUGACACGAGAGGAAUACAGCUCACUGCCAGCGUGGAAACAGGUUAACGUUAAAAAGGAAAAAGGACUUUUUUGAAGAUCGCCCUGCAAGGUCUUGCUGGAAAGUCUGAACCAGCAUUCGCAACGGUUUGACCUCAGCCACCUCACCACUAUGAAAAGUCUGUCGGAAUUUGCACUUUGCUGUCUCCUUAAAACUUUACAUUUCACAUAACGUGUUCUGUUUGCGCAUACGGCUGUAAAACACAGAUCUUAUUCCUGUACUGCGGACCGGCAGUGGAUGGAGCGGUCCGAUACAGGAAGGGCUUGACUUAGUCACACGGCGAUGCUGUCUAAUGUAUUGCGUCUUUUUGUAAAUGUAUCCGGGAACCAUUCAAACACGAGCACCCUUUUUUUACUCUCAUAGGAAGCCAUACUAUACCACCGUGCCAGACGGGCUGCGUGCCACAUUGCAAAGUGAUAGGUGCCCCAGCUGGCACUGGCAAGGGUUAAACCAUAGUAUUUACCAUGCACUUAAAACAAAUUGCAGAUCUAUUCCUUUGCUAUCAACAUACCUAUUUUGAACUGGUUCCCUUUUUUGUUUUUAUAAAUGUAUCCUGUUUGUUCAACCCUAUAGAAUUUAUUUAUAUAAACAUUGUAUUUAACUAUGCAAUAUACUCACUGUGUAAGAUUUGUGUGUUAUUACACAAACCUAAUUAUGUACCAAAACCUUAUUCUAAGCUAACCUUGGACACCGCAUAGUUAACCUUGUUCUCCUUUCUGAAAGUGUUAUUGCAUCUGGCGUAUGAUAAGGUUAUUAAUGCUGCAUCAAGGGUUAAGUGAAUGUAUCCUUUUUAAAUGGACAGGAAAUGCUCUGCAGCGCCCUCUAGUGGUGUUACAUUAUGCUAUUUUGACAACCAAAGGUUAAAUAACUUUGUCCCACGGUGUUCAGAUAUCUUUUCUUGUUUAUUUGUGUUUCCUAGUGUGUGAUGUAGCCCUUAAGGGUGCCAUGCGUUGGAGCGCUGCAAGCAUUGUUCUACAGUUCUUGCGCUUAGAUGUCGGACUUAAGGGGGUUUAUUCUACAGAAUCAACAUGUAUAGUGCCUUGUUUUGUGUACAGUUUAUAUACAGGAAUGAUGAGCCUGCAUUUGAAGGCAGUUAAGAAAACAUCUAAUAUUUGUACUUUAUAAUAGAAUACAUCUCAGUUUCUAAUACCCGAUGUAAACUUUAAACAUGUAUUUUGUGAUAUAAGAAUCUGAAUUAAAAUGCUACAGAAUAAA